AUGAAGAUCGCUGAUAUGUUAAAUCCGGUUACUGUAAACCGUCAACUUGCUUCACCUCCACUCUCACCUCCAGAAGAAGAUGAUAUGUAUUAUUCAACAAAACGAAACAACAGUAUAAGUAACCAUGGUAAACCUCGAAGUCGCUUUUCAGAUAUUGAAGAUGCCAUUAUAUGUGAGGGUGUUGCUCGAGGAUUGACUUGGGGCCAAAUUUCAGGCCAAUUGCCACAUCGCAAACGUGCCACUUGCUUUAAUCGAUAUCGAACACUUCAAGGCAUUCGUAAAUCCCGAAAAAGAUCUUUACCGGACAUGAGAUCUCCACCUAUCACACCUCCUCAUUCAAAUGCAUGGUUACCUUCUUCACCUAAUUAUCACCGUAAGCAAUCAUUACCUGUCUUGGUGGCUCCAUUACCAACAAGACUACCUUUACCUCUCUAUUCAGACCGUAUUCAUUAA